AUGGCUAUACGUAUUGAUGUAAAGUGGAAGAGUGAAGUGUUUAAGGAUAUCGAGAUAUUUUUGACAGAGCCUCUGAUUCUAUUUAAAUCACAAUUAUUUAGCUUAACAGGCGUACCGCCUGAAAGACAGAAAUUGAUGUUUAAGGGUUUGCUCAAAGAUGAUGUUGAUUUAUCGCAGUUGGGGCUGGUUAAUGGUUCGAAGAUCUUGCUGAUAGGCAGUAACCAGGUUUUGUGCGAUAAUACCAAGAUCAAUUUCAUCGAGGAUUUACCUGCAGAGGAGAAGGAUAUGUUGCUAGGUAUUCGUGCAUUUCAACCCAAAUCAGGAGGAUUGGUAAACGUUGGUAAUACGUGUUAUUUCAACGCGGUUAUGCAAUUUUUGUUCCCCGUUACGGAACUUUGGGAUAAGUUGGAGUUUUUUAAAAAUAUCCCUGGAAUUAAACAAAAUGAAUUCAUCAACUCAUUACUACAAAUGAAUAAGACGGUUAAAAAUGACAUCAAACCCAUGAAUCCUACGAAACAGAUAAUACUACUAAGGCAAUUAUACCCACUUUUUAACAAAAUUGAUCAAACUACAGGUCAAUAUAUGCAACAGGACGCCGAAGAGUGUCUUAACUUCAUAGUUAACACGAUGAAUGAGUUUAGCAGUGGCUCUAUCGCAGACGAGAUUUUCGGCUACACAGUGGUGGUUAAAAGUGAAAGAGUUGAUGGUAUUGAAGAAUUUAUUCCACCGCAAAACGAUGUCACUAAAUACAUGUUCCUUCGAUGUACUAUGGGCACUCCAACUAACCCUGUCCAUAGUGUGAAAGAGGGCAUCAAGCAGGCGCUCACUGAGACAGUUACCAUUAGAAAAGAUGAUACUGAUGUUUUGUAUAAGAAAACCAGUUACAUCACUUCAUUGCCAAACUAUUUGAUAAUACACUUGGUGCGCUUUGAGUGGAAACAAGCCAGUACAACUUCCAUGACUAAAGCAUGCAAGGCUAAGAUUUGUAAGAGGAUUAGUUUUGACAAACAGCUAGAUGUAUCAUAUAUAUGUGAUAAAGACAUUACAGAAUCCCUGAAUAAUAUAAAUAAAUAUAUUUUCGACUUAAACAAUGGGAUUACUCCUUCCGUAAAAGUAGCGCAGGGGAAACACAAGAACGGCAAUUAUGUUCUAGAGGCCGUAAUAACGCACCAGGGAAGGACGGCAGAUAGUGGGCACUACGUUUCAUGGACCAGGGUGUUAGAUGAGUCAACCAGUGCUACUGACGAGAAUGUUGAAAACGAUUGUGACAUACGAGCGGAUGGUUUGCCUAAAAAACAAGAGCCCAAAGAAUUUUGGCACAAAUUUGACGAUGAUGAAAUUUCUAAAUUUGACUACCAAUCAAUAGAUCUUUGUGGCGGAAGAAGCGAUUAUCACAUAGCAGUGCUACUACUGUACAAGGCUCAAUAUGUUACAAUUGAGGAUAAUAAUCAAUAA